CCUGCGGUGGGACCUGGAGUAAAAUCUUCGGGUAAAACCUGCUUGUAUUUUCCUCUGGAUUCACUCUAUCCAGGAAAUUGAAAGACCCUGCCGCCUUUUCCCUCCUGUUCCAAGUGUUGAGCCCAUGCCCAGGUCAUCCCAUGCCUCCUUGCUUUGCCAUCUGCAUAGAUCGUUCUCACUCUUCCGUGUGGUGAUAACCUGGACCCUUCUUCAAGUUAACAUGAACUCAGGCAAUUCUGCCCCCAAAUAAUCUGCUGCUGGAGCCAGGAAUACUACCAAUCCUUUUAUAAUGGAAGGGGCCAGACAGACAAGAGUAUCUCGUCCGUACAAGAUCAGCGAAUCUUCAAAGGGGAUAGAAUUUGGAGCAUUGGAUGAAAGUUGCGAAGAAACAUGUAGGCUCAAUGGAAGGAGAAGCUUCCUGAGGCCAAUGAGAGCUGGGCAGAAGUGGAACCAACUGUCUCAGGAGGUGUACAGAUGGGUUGACCAUCCCAACCUGGUGCUCCAGAGGCUCAAUGAGCAGAGACACCGGGGCCUUUUCUGUGACAUUGUCUUGGUGGCGGACGAGCAGAGGGUCCCCGCGCACCGGAACCUCCUGGCUGUCUGCAGCGACUACUUCAACUCCAUGUUCACCAUCGGCAUGAGGGAGGCCUACCAGAAGGAGGUGGAGCUGGUGGGAGCCUCCUACAUCGGCCUGCGGGCCGUCAUUGACUUUCUCUACGGCAGCGAACUUUCACUGGACGGCGGGAACAUUGACUACGUCUUGGAGACGGCUCAUCUCCUGCAGAUCUGGAAGGUGGUUGAUUUCUGCUGCGAGUACCUGGAAAACGAGGUGAGCGAGGAGAACUAUCUCUACCUUCAGGAGCUGGCGUCCAUCUACAGCCUGAAACGCCUGGACUCUUACAUCGACUCCUUCAUCCUGCGGAACUUCGGGACGCUGUCCUUCACCCCCGACUUUCUGCAGAACGUCUCCCUGCAGAAACUCUGCCAGUACCUGGGGAGCAGCCUGGUGCAGCGGGAGUGUGAGCACGACCUGCUGCAGGCGGCGCUCCAGUGGCUGACCCAGUACCCCGAGCGCGAGGCGGAUGCCUUCCAGGUGCUAGAAAACAUCCAUUUCCCGCUGAUCCCCAAGAGUGACCUCCUGCACCGCGUCAAGCCGGCCGUGUGCUCACUGCUGCCCAAGGAGGCCAACUGCGAGGGCUUCAUCGAGGAGGCGGUCGCCUACCACAACAACGUGGCCGCCCAGCCGGUGCUGCAGAACAAGCGCACUUCGCUCCGGACCAACGAGGAGCGGCUGCUGUUCGUGGGUGGGGAGGUGUCCGAGCGCUGCCUGGAGCUCAGCGACGACACCUGCUUUCUGGAUGCCAAAAACGAGCAGUGGGUGAUGGAGACGCCCCUGCCAGCCAGGAGGAGCCACCACUGCGUGGCUGUCCUAGGAGGCUUCAUCUUCAUAGCUGGAGGCAGCUUCUCCAGGGACAAUGGCGGGGAUGCAGCUUCCAAUCUUCUCUAUAGGUACGAUCCCCGCUGGAACCAGUGGAUAAAGGUGGCCUCCAUGAAUCAGCGCCGAGUGGAUUUCUACCUGGCCUCCAUCUCAGACAUGCUGGUAGCUGUCGGUGGAAGAAAUGAAAAUGGGGCACUUUCUUCCGUGGAGGCAUAUAGUCCAAAAAAUGAUUCCUGGUCUUAUGUAGCAGGCUUGCCAAGGUUCACCUAUGGUCACGCCGGUACCAUUUAUAAGGACUUUGUGUAUAUCUCUGGAGGACACGAUUACCAGAUCGGCCCUUAUCGGAAAAAUCUCCUCUGCUAUGACCACCGCACGGACGUAUGGGAAGAGAAGAGGCCCAUGAUCACAGCCCGUGGCUGGCACAGCAUGUGUAGCUUGGAGGAGAGCAUCUACUCUAUCGGAGGCAGCGAUGACAACAUCGAGUCCAUGGAGCGCUUUGACAUCCUGAGUGUGGAAUCUUACAGUCCCCAGUGCAACCAGUGGACACGAGUGUCUCCUUUGCUUCAGGCCAACAGUGAGUCCGGUGUGGCCGUGUGGGAAGGAAAGAUCUACAUCCUAGGAGGCUAUAGCUGGGAAAACACCACCUUCUCCAAAACGGUCCAGGUUUAUGACCGUGAAAAGAACAAGUGGUUCAAAGGGACCGACCUCCCGAAAGCCAUUGCUGGAGUAUCUGCCUGUGUUUGCGCCCUGAAGCCCAGACCAGAAGACAAAAAAAAAAAAACUAAAACUAAGAGGCAUCAGGAUCGAGGGCGAUGAUUCACCUGGGAUGACCCUGCUCUUUAUCCAAUCAUCUUCAAGAAUAUUUUCUUUAAUGGCAAACUUUUUUUUUUCCCAGCACUUUGGGGACAGAAGCACAGAUGCUAAGACAUCGGGAACUCGGGCAGAAUCCUCUGGCACAGUUUAGUGACUCACAAGAGAGAAAAGUGCUAUUACAGUUUUAAGCUAGAAAUGCAUAUUCCGUAACAUUUAGCUACAAUUUAUUACUUUUACGUUUCUGGUUAUUCUCCAACAAUAACAAUUUUUAAAAGAUCUCUGUAAUGUAGCUUGUUAUUUUACAGAAUAGGAGCGGUAAGAUCAUAGAUCUGGAAGGUCUAUCUAAUCCCCAUUUUACCAAUGAGGAAACAGGCCCAGAGAAAGAAGUCACGACUCCCCAUUUCCACAUAGCUGCUUAGUGGCCGACCUGAUACUACCACUUAGGUCUGCUGUCCUUUGACCAGAAUUUGUUUCUUUCUAGAGGAAUUGCCCUAGAGUGAAACUUUACAGACAACAAAAGCGUUGGGGUACCAUUGUUGUCGGUGAUCUUACCACACUAUGCCUUAUAGGUUUUUAAUGCAGUUAGGAUAGUAUUAAAAGUUUCAAGCGACCAGUAUGUAUUAGUAAUCACAACUUUCUAAAACCAUCGCCUCUGACUCUUAAAGUGACAAUAGGUCGUUUUGAAAAGCAAACAAAAAAUCCAAACAGGUGUGAUGAAUACAUGAAGCCCUUUAUUUAUGUUUUCAUGCAUCAAUUUCAUCCCUCAGAUUCAUUAAAUUUCUUAGGUUUCUAAUGUAUUAAGUUAACAUAACCUAUAUUCCUUUCUCUGAAAACUUUGAUCACAAGCAAUGUUAUUUUUUUUACACAUAAACUGCUCUUGAAGGACAGACCAGAGACUCUGAUAUAAAUUGCUAAUGAAUACUUGGCACCUCCUAUAGGGAAGUGUAACUGGGUUGUGUCAGUUACUGGCUCUGACAUCAUUGAUCUUCAUAACCAUGAACUGAUCAUGGUUGUCCUCUGAGCCCUCGGUUAUUACAUCUUUAAAAUGAGGAGAUUAGGCUAGAUGAUGUCCAAAGACCCCUCCAAAGCUACAGUAAAUGAAGGAUUUUACAAAUCCAUAUAAACUACUAUGAAAUAUUUAGCACAUGCUUUCAUGCUCCAUCCCUGCCUAAGUCAAAAUUAAUCAUGUAGAGGUUAGUGUAAAGCAAACUUUUUAAAUAGGGGGCCAGUUCACUGUCCCUCAGACUGUUGGAGGGCCGGACUAUAGUAAAAAUAAAACCUUUGUUUUGUGGGCCUUUAAAUAAAGAAACUUAAUAGCCCAGGGUGAGGGGGAUAAAUGUCUUCAGCUGCUGCAUCUGGCCCGCGGCCCGUAGUUUGAGGACCUCUGGUGUAAAGUAUCAGAGAAUGUUUGGAUAAUUUUUUAAAUGUCUAGAAUCGAGGCAGCUAGGUGGUGCAGUGGACAGAGUAUCAGCCCUGAAGUCAGGAGGACCUGAGUUCAAACCUGACCUCGGACACUUAACACUGUCUAGCUGUGUGACUGGGGGAAAGUCACUUAACCCCAAUUGCUUCAACCAAAAAGGAAAAAAAAUGGCUGAUGUCCUGACGCCAAAGGCCCAAGUAACAGAGGAGAGAGGAUAUUGUAAUCCUUGAAAGAUCUCAUGUUGUCGGGCAUUAGAAAAGUCAUGAUUAAAAAAAAAAAAAAGAUAAUUAUUGAUAUCAAAACACAGUAGCAAAAGUCUUGAAGGACAAUAUAGAAUAACUGGCCUGGAGGCAGGAAAAUUUGGGUUCAAAUCCGUCCUCAGAAACGGGCAGAUCAUAGAACUGAAUAAUAAGCUCUCUAAGCUUAUAAAUUUGGCAAAAAAAAUAUAGAGCUUCCCAUGAAAUUACAAAUCUGAUUUUUUUUUUAAGGGAAAAAGAAAACAAUUUUAAAAUUUAUUCCCUUCUAACUAUGAUUUUCUGUUAGUUCUCUCCUUAGUCCUAGGAAAAUACAAACUGGGGCUUGGGCUGUAUUGUAAAACACAUUUUUCAGGCCUCUGUUGAGUCCAAUGGCACUGACAGAGCCUGGUACUCAAUGGUAGCCUACACUGUCCGAUUCUGCUGCCCUCUACUGGUAAUUGUGAUUUAACAGGUUUUUAAAAUAGAAAUGUCCUUCCUGUCAAGAGGCCUGACGGUGCUAACCCUGGACUUCUAGACUACGGCAAAGUGGAUCAAAGUUCUCCCGAUCUUCCUCAGCAGAACAGUUGUCGAGCUCAGUGCCUGGUCUGUUAUAAGUGCUGUGGAAAUGCUCGUCCGCUCUACUUCCCUUCCCUUCCAUAAUUCAACAUUUCAUCUUCACCAUCACAUAGCCAUUGCUGUGAUUUUUUUGCACCUUACAAAGGUUCCAGGGUGGGGAGAAAGGCUGUGAUCUUAGGAUCCCAUAAAUGAUUAUGGAAGCUGGGAGAUAAAGCUCUACUCCCAGUGCGAGCAGUGACAUCUAUCCCUUUGAAAUACAUGAAGGUUAAGACAGAUAUAGAUAGCAAUUUCCAGAUGACCCUAUAAUUACCAGGUAUAUUAUUUAUAAUAAAGGUGAUAAGCAUUAGUUAGCACUGGAUUCUGAACUCCCCAUUUGGGGCUAUUGGGACUUUGGUCUAAGAUCUUGCUGCAUCUCCCUUGACAGUAUUAAGGCGUGCUUUAUUUGUUUGGGGCUUUUGAUUUUUUAAGUUUUCUUCUAUAAAUCACUUGGAUUGAGUUUUUCCUUUUAAAAUACAAAUUCAAAAAUUACUUAUGCAGCAUUUCUGAAAACUGUAGCUCUGUAUUAGCUAGAACAGGGUUUCUUAAACUUUUCCUCCUCACAACCCCUUUUCACCCAAGAAAUUUUUGCGUGACCCUAGGUCACAUAACCCUAGGUUACACAUAUAUCCUAGAUAUCUAAAAUAUGUAUACAAAUAAAACAUUUACUGAUAAUAAAUCAUAAUUUCAUAACCCCCACAUUCAAUUAGGGGAUAGUUUAAGAAGCUGGAAACCAGCUUCAAAUAUAUAUUGGAUUUGGAGAAUAGGUAGCAUAUAUGCAUAUGAAAAAUCUCAGUCACUUCAUGUUAACAGAUAUUCCCCAUCAGAUGUAUCUCUUUGGAAAUUGCCAUCUCUAAGCAAAUAGAGUAUUUUUCAGUCACAUUCUUGAAAAGUCGACUCAACACUACUUUGAAAACAAGUGAGUCCUUUGUAGAUUUUCUAAAUGAUUAUGUUUUAUCUUAUUUUGUUUUCAAAAGGUCCUAGAAUGUAACUCAGUGUCAGAUAUGCAUUCAAAGUCCAUAUUUACUAGGACAGGAUAAUAGAAGUUUGAACAUAUUUGGGGUCAAUAAAUUGAUAUAUUAAAGACCUUUGAUUUAUAAUUCUCAGGGUGGGGUCUUCCUCCACCAAUGAAGAUUGGACUCCAUGAUUUAUGUAGUCUUAGAGAAUUGUCUGAGACUUAAAUCAAUUUUGAUAUAUUUUGCGGGGGGAAGCCUGGAGAGCUUUCCUGUCUUCAAGCUUUUUUUAUUACUCCAUUUCAUUAGUUUAGAAGGACUUUGCUAUCAACAAAGUUGUUCUGAAAGCAAUCAUAGUAUUUACAGCUGGAAGGACCGUAGAGAUCAUUUAAUCCCAAAAUAAUAGCUAUUUUGAUUGGUCCACAAAGCAAAGAACCCAGUGUUGUCUGGCCCAAAAGCCAUACCGAAUAUUCAGAAUUUAUGGUGAGCCAGGGGUAUUAUUUUAAACCCCCAACCAAAGAGCUGACUCCAAUGCUUGAACCCUUCAUGAACCUAAACAAAUUUUUAAAAAUAAAAAACAUAGAAAGCAACCUUAUUAGAUGAUUCUAACAUUUGGCAGGAACCCAAAUCUCACAGUUGUAUAUUUAUUCAAUGUUACAAGUUGGGACUGAGAAGUAGUAUUCUCAAGGGAUAGAUUUCAAUUCAAUUUAAUUCAACAAGACUCAUUGCAAAUUCACAACCUUCUCAAAAGCAAAACUUAUGAGCAGCAUUACUUAUGAGAACUGGGGUUAGCAAGCUUGGCAAAGGAGGAAGUGUGAUUACUGAGAAGCAAUGCAACCUAGCUGUAGGAGCAUUGUACAUGACAGCAAACAUCUUUGAAUGUCAAUUUAUGCUCUGCUGUUUAACUACACAUGUGACUCUGGGCAAACCAUUGAAUACCGAUGAGCAUCCAUUUCUUCCACGGCAAGAUGGGCCAAGGAGUGGAAGAUUAUGGCGUGGACAAGAACUCUUAAGAUCUCUUUCAUUUCUGGAUUCUAUGAUCAGGCUAGGAUGACAUCUCAGUAAUAGUUAAAAGCUUUCUGAGAAAUGACUCUUCCAAACUUGUAGGAUAUACUGUGGUCUUGGUGUGGUAUAUAUAUAUGUAUUAUAUAUAUAUAUACACAGGCUUUCUUUUCAUUGUGACCAUCAGUAGUGCAGGAUUUAUCCAAUACAUUCUAGAGCAGCACCUUAAAAGCCCUUUGUUAUUCUACCUUCUCAACUCUAUUAUUAGCACAUAGAUUUGAGCACAGCUAUUAGAUGCAGUGAUUGGCUAUUUAAUAAAUCUCACUAAGUUGGAUCACGAAUGUCCAUGGAUAAGAGAUGGUAAGAGUUGUGUUUUCUUUUUCUGUUCUUUUUGCUGGGGUGCAGGUGAUCCAUACAGAACACCAGCCGAAAUUCCUGUGUUGUAGGAAAUACUCAUAAUUACAAAAGUAGCUGAGAUGCUGAGGCACAAAUUCUGCAUCUGCCCAGCAGGUUUUAGAAUUUUUGAAACGUUUUUAUACUUUUGUAUACCAUAUCUUUUGCUAAUACCUUGCCUCUAGAUUGCCUGCUGGGUUCUCUCCUGGAAUGCUGCUCAGCGGUGAGGACCCUUUGAUCCCUGCCUGGAGCCCAUUGUCUACUGUUUGUUCCCUGGCUCUAAUUAUUGUGGUGUGAUGCAGCCUGCCCGUGAUAUCAGAUGGGGCAAAGUGCAUGAUUAUCUGGCAAUUCAGUUUUGUAGUGCCACUUACUUAUAAGGCCAUUGAUGAUUUGCCACGGGGACUUUUUAUACUACCGUGAGAUGUUAUUAUGUCAAGAAAUGUGUUUCUUUAAACUACUUCCUCAAUACCUCCCAGCUCCCAGUGCCUCACACCCCUUGGUAAAUAUUCGUGGCUUCAUUGAUUGGCACAUCACAUUUCUCAUGUGUUUACCUCUUUAUGCAGAAUAUGACUUUUUGUGAAUGGGAAUAGUCCCACACUUCUAUUUACAUACCUUUUUUUCUGGUCUCAAUAAUGUGGAAAUAAAAGAUAUAAAUCUUGCUUGCACUUCACAAACUCAUUGUCUACAUCUUUAAGUGUGAAAACAAAUUCAUUUCUUGCUUGUUCUUUCUAGGGUUAGAAUGGAGGUCUUGGGGUCUCCCUGGUCUCAAGUAAUUGCCACUAGGAGGGGCUGUCUUUGAAAAGUUGUAAGAAUAUAAAGUCUAAGGUGGGAAGAGGGCCCUGCUCAGGAUGGUCCAACUUGUUUUGUCAUAGAAUGAACAACAGAAAGAAACAUCUUGGAUAUUUGAAAGUUACAAGGAAUUUAGAUCCUAAUUUCUGUUAAUAAUAAAAACAAGGAUAUAGAUUCUGUUGUACUGAAUGAGAUGCCAGUCUUCUCUUAUAUUACUCACUUCCCUAACAUUUUCUAGGAUAUUGAGUGGUUCGGUAACUCUGGAGUAGUGUUGGCCCUUAAGUAACAAAUUUUGGUGGAGAGAGGAGAAGGGGGAAGGAGAGAGAGGAGAGAAGGCUGUGAUUUUAAAAAUUGUGUUUGUAUUUGUACUUUGUUUUUUCAUUUAAAAACACUUGGAACUUCUCUGCAUUUUCUUUUUGUUUGAAUUAAUUCCUGCAUGUUGCUAUAUUUUCUUUAUAGUUAAUCAUAUAAGAAAGUAUUAAAUUCUUGAAACACAUUAAAAUCACUUGCCUGUUAGAACAUGA